AUGCCGGAACGGAACGGGCCGGGGCGGGGCGGGAGGGGUGGCUCUGCCGCCGGGGACUCCCUCCGCAGGGCGGGAGUCGGCGGUCAGGCCAGGCACCUUGCGGCGGGCUGGAUGCUGGCGGCGGAGGUAGCUCCGGCAUCGCCUGGCAGGGUCGCGGGCGGGCAGGCCAGCAUGUCUGCCGGACCCGAGGCGCGGCGGGGCGGCCGGCCGGCCGCUUGCCCCGAGGUGGAGCGGGAGGCUACGGCCAGGUACGGCGCGACGGCGUCCCCGCCGGCGGAGAGGGAAGUGCUGAACCUGGGCGCCGAGCUGGUGCCAGUCCGGCGGCUGGUCUUGCUGGGGCUCCUGCAGGUCAUCCUGGGCGGCUGCCUGGUGGUGCUGAACUUCGGGGCGGUGUGGCUGACCACCGCCUCGCAGGUGAAGAACGCCUGUUCCAUCUGGGUCGGCUUCUGGGUAAUCAUAUCUGGAAUCCUAGGCUUACUGACAUGGAAGAAGCCCUUAGUGCUUUUGGCUAACCUAUUUAGUCUGCUGUCUAUCAUCUCUGUUCUGCUGAACCUGGCUGGAUUUGUAUUAAGCUGUCAAGGCAUUCGGUUUGUGUCCAGUGUACCCAAAUGCGAUUUGGUGGAUAUAGGUGAAAAGAGGGUUUGUUACUGCUGUGAAGAUUUCAAUGUCACUGAAUGUAUAGAAGAGACUGCGCUGAAGCUAUACCAUCUGAGGCCGUGCAGUGCCGCUCACUUUUUUCUCAAGAAAGUUCUCUUUGCUCUUUGUGCCUUGAAUGCUGUCACCACCACAGUUUGCUUGAUAGCAGCUGCCCUGUGUUACUUACUCGUUUUUGCAACAGGAAGAUCCUGCCCUGAUGAAUCUCAGGUUGAAGACCAAGGUCACGUUUUGGAUCCUGAUGAUCCACCUGUGACACCUCCGCCCUAUUUUGCAACUUUUUAUCCUUGUACUCCACGAACGACUUGCAGGAUGCUUGCCUCUAAUGUGAUUCUGUUGCCCCAUAUUUACAGGUCACGAAUCAAUGGCACCGAGGAGUUCUGCCCUCAGGACCCACCUCCUCCUUAUGAAGCUGUGCAGAGACAGAACAGCUCUGAGCAGGAAGGUGCGCUACAAGUAAGUGUCAUGGAAGUUGUUGAUUUGGGGGAAGUGAGUCACAGGCAAGCCUCUCAAGGUGAAGAAAUUCCUGAGUCUUCCAGCAUAGUGAGCCUUUCACCUUCAAAUGCAAGCCUGGUGCCUGCAGGAGUGAGCAGGAGAGCCUUCAAUCAGUUGUGGAAAUGGUUGGAAAGUGACUCUGAGCUAUGCUACUGGUUUCUUCAAGGAUCUUUUUCUCCAGGGGCAGUGCUCAGCUGUGAAGCUGCAACGCAGGCUAAAUUAAAACUAGAACUCUGCACUGUCAUCUUGCAGAAGAGUUUGAGACCACGAGCUUUGGCUGUGACAGGCUUUGAAAUCCAGUGUUUGAUAGACAACAAGGUUUACACAUACAUUAAACAGCUUGUGGCACAGAACCUAAAGCAGUCAUCUGGCAGCAUGAGCCUUGACACACGUGAAUUGGUGGAAAAUACCAAGUCUCUUCUAAAAUCAGAUGAGAAACAUAUGGCAGAAGCUAUCACCAGUGCCACCUUCUUUGAGCAGAUGAUGGCAUCUGCUGAGCAAGCCAUGUCAUUGUGUACCCGUGUGUUACCUUUCAGACAGCAUCCUGGAUUGCUGUAUCUGGAGAGCUGUGGUGACCUGAAUACUUUCACCGCAGAUGAAGGUUAGCUAGCAGAGAGGAUCCAGACAGGAGAGCAUGAAUGGCUUCGAAGUCUUGCUGGUGUUGUCAGGGAAACUGUAUUUUGAGCUGGUUUCUGUCUUUGAGCUGGUUUCUGCUUAUUCCUCAGUAGAGUACUUCUGUCAUACAUACAUGCUGCACAGGAAAAUAAUCUCUGACAAGUGGGUGGAAGAGUGUGUUGACAAUCCAUUUUUUUUAUACCCUCAUGCUCAGACUCCUAAGGGGAAGCUGGUUCCUCAACGCCUAUUAAUGAGAUUGCAAGCUGGCUUUUAUUUGGCUCUC